GGAAGGGCAGAGGGAAAGUGACAUAUGUUUUUUGGCUGAGAUAGUUGUUAAUUUAUAAACCAGUUGUUAAGUUUACAUACUUUAUUUUCUAGUCAUAUAUUUACUUUCAGUUAUAGCGAUAAUGGAAAUAGCAAGGUCAGUGUUAGGUAUCACUCCAGAAGGUUAUACUAGUAAAAACGUUGCAGUGGAGACUUUGUCUGAAGAUGAAGAUGAUGUAGGAGAAUCAGAUGUAGGAGAUUCUUUAAGAAUUAGAGAUAACACCUUGGGUUCUCCUUCAAUGAGGCAGGGUUACACUCCAGCUCCAGGUGGUCCGUUUUCUGCUCUGACGUCCUCAAUGUGGCCUCAGGAUCUUCUAGCUUCUCUUGCCCUGCCUGAAGAUGCUGGUUGCCAUCCAGACUACAGGUUUGAUGAGUUUGGAUUCAGAGUAGAAGAAGAAGAUGGUCCUGAACAGAGUUCCAGUAAAUUACUGAGUUUACCAUUUGUAGAAGACCCCCAACAUAGACUUCAGUGGAUAGCAUACCUGGAAUUUACACACAACAAUGAAGUUGGAGACUUAACAUGGGAUAGAGUCAAAGCUCAUCUUCCUCGAACUGAAAAAUUGAAAAAUAUGAUUCGACAAGGUAUACCCCACUCUCUGAGACCUCAGUUGUGGUUAAGACUUUCGGGUGGUUUGCAGAAGAGGCUUACUUCAGACCUGACAUACAAAGAUAUUGUGAAAGCGAGUUCUAAUGAUCAUGUAAUGACAUCGAAACAGAUUGAAAAGGACCUUUUACGCACUAUGCCGAGCAAUGUCUGCUUCUCACAUUUACACAGCACGGGUAUUCCUAGGUUGAGGAGGAUAUUGCGUGGUAUGGCAUGGUUGUAUCCAGAUAUAGGUUACUGUCAAGGUACCGGUGUAAUUGCUGCAUCUCUGUUACUUUUCUUGGAGGAAGAAGAUACAUUUUGGUUAAUGUGUACAAUUGUUGAAGACCUAUUGCCUGCCAGCUAUUACUCCAGUACCCUGAUAGGUGUCCAAGCUGAUCAGCGAGUGUUAAGGGCACUUCUUUGCAGUUAUCUACCUGAUCUAGAUUUCGUCUUGAAAGAACAUGAUAUUGAGCUCUCACUCAUCACUCUUCACUGGUUUCUAACCAUAUUUGCCAGUGUUGUGCACACAAAGAUCCUGCUGAGGAUUUGGGAUCUUUUUUUUCUUGAAGGGUCGAUUGUGCUCUUUCAAAUCACAUUGGGUAUGCUCAAACUAAAGGAACCUGAACUCAAGCAGCUUGAAAAUUCAGCUCAGAUCUUUAAUGCAUUGUCAGACAUUCCUGGAGAGGUUGAAGAUGUUGAUCAGUUGUUUGACACAACUUUUCGUCUGGCGUCUGUGCUCUCUGAGGUUGUCAUAGAAACUCACCGGAGAAAACAUCUAGCUUACCUGAUGGCAGAUCAGGGAACUCUUGUGAAUCCAGAAAAUGCUAAAAAUUUGCCAAAGCAGCACUUGAACCGACGUCAGUUACGCAGGUCCCGAUCAAUGGUCCAGCUGAUUCUCUUCGGUGAUGACGACAAUAAAGAUGAUGUUCGAAGUAAGAACAUUCGACAGACAGAAAUUCUAGUGGACUUAAGAGAAGCUAUUCUCCAGGUUGCUCGGCACUUUCAGUCAGUUGAUCCCAAGAUUAAAGUGGUUCUUGUAUCAGACUAUUCUAUGGAGAGCCAUAGCAGGGAUCAUGAGAACUUUGCUAAUGUGUCUCGCAGUCGAAGACGACGAGCUAAAGCGUUACUGGAUUUUGAAAGACAUGAUGAUGAUGAACUUGGUUUCAGGAAAAAUGAUAUUAUAACAAUCAUCAACCAGAAGGAUGAACACUGCUGGAUAGGUGAACUUAAUGGACUUAGAGGCUGGUUUCCUGCCAAGUUUGUUGAACUUUUAGAUGAGAGGAGUAAACAGUAUUCUUGUGCAGGCGAUGACUCUGUAACGGAGGCUAUUACUGACCUUGUACGUGGAACAUUGUGUCCAGCCAUCAAGUCUGUUCUGGAGCAUGGAAUGAAGAGAUCUUACCUUCUUGGUGGUCCUAUUCAUCCAUGGAACUUUAUUGAGGAGGUGGCUAAUACAGAGGUCGAGAAAGAUUUCAACUCUGUUUACUCAAGGCUGGUGCUUUGUAAGACUUUCAGGCUUGACGAAGAUGGCAAAGUUCUAACACCAGAGGAAAUUUUGUACCGGUCUAAUGUUUUUUUUUCCAGCGAACAAGUGCUUCAUCUGUGGUUCGAAGUUCUUUGUUCUUGCAUGCAUGUUGUACAGAAAAUGUACCACACGUGGUCCUUCAUUAAUAGUCCAGGCUGGGUCCAAAUCAAGUGUGAACUAAGGUUGCUUUCACAAUUUGCUUUCAACCUCAGUCCUGAUUGGGAGAUUCCUGUGAAAAGGGAGUUGUCACAACCACUCAAAGAAGGAGUUAGAGACAUGUUAGUCAAACAUCACCUGUUCUCCUGGGACUUGUGACAGUUAAGAAAGAGGGGUAGUUCUGCAGAUGGGAACAGUAGACUAGUCAUUGGUCAGCCACUAACUGACCCCUUUCAGAAAACAGUAAAUGAUAUUGUUGUCAAACAUCACCUGUUCUCCUGGGACUUGUGACGGUUAAGAAAGAGGGGUGGAUCUGCAGAUGGGACCAGUAGACUAGUCAUUGGUCAGCCACCAACUGACCUUUUUCAAGAAACAGUAAAAGAUAUUGUUGUCAAACUUCACCUGUUCUCUUGGGAUUUAUUACAGUUAAGAAAGAGGGGUGGUUCUGCAGAUGGGACCAGUAGACUAGUCAUUGGUCAGCCACCAACUGACCUUUUUCAAGAAACAGUAAAAGAUAUUGUUGUCAAACAUCACCCGUUCUCUUGAAAUUUGUGACAAAAAUUUAAAAUUUUAUAAUACUGGGGUUGGUGUAAGUCAUUAACUAGUCACUCUUGGAUAUGUUUUCAGGUAUUUGAAUUUUGUUGCAACUGUAAUACACAUGUGGGACAAGAGUUUAAGCUGACCACUUGUCACUAGUCAUAUAGUUUCUUUUAUGAGAUGCUGUAUUAGAUAUUGUUAAGCAUGUGUUUCUGUGGGCUUGUUUGUACACAAAGAAACAGAAAACCAAUCAGCAUCAGAUAAUGUUAAAUAGUGUGCCAUUUAUGUUUCUUUUACGAAGUUUUUUCUUCAGAAGUAAGUUUUAUGGAGGCUACAAAGAUAUUAUGGUGUAAUAUGCUAUUUUACUUAUGUCUGUUUAUUGUUGAAGAAUUUAGUGUUCAGUAAUAAUAAUAGGCUAUUAAAUUGUACCCCCCUUUUUUGUGUUAGAUUCUAGUCUGGUUCUACAUCUUUGUUAUGUAAUUUGGUCUCAUCAGAGCAGUUAACCCUAAAUCUGGCUUCCUAUUAACCAGAUCCUUAUCUGUUUUAUUGAUCAUUAGUCUGGUUCUGUAUGGAUACUUAACCAUAAAUCUGGCUUCCUAUUAUACAGAUCCUUAUCUGUCUUAUUGAUCAUUAGUCUGGUUCUGUGCAGAUACUUAACCAUAAACCUGGCUUCCUUAUAUGGAUCAUUAUUAGGUUAUUGAUCAUUAGUCUGGUUCUGUCUUGGCAGUUAACCAUAAACCUGGAUUCCCAUUAUACAGAUUCUUAUCUAUCUGAUCAUUAGUCUAGGCCUAUCUGGAUACUUAACCAUAAACCUAAUCCCAUGUCAGGUAAUUCCCAUUUUGACUUGGCCAGGGUGCUCCAUAGACUAGUGACUUUUAGCAUAGCCUAUUGACCAUCAGCCUUAUUUUUCAUCUAGUAUCGUGCUUUUUCACAACUUCUUGCCAAGUCCAUUUGUGUCUGUUACAUUCUUCAUGUGAUCAGUAUCCUGCAAGCUAGUGAAUUCUGAGUCACAAUGGGCUGGAAACAGAAGAUAGAUACCUUAUACCUAGUGCUUACACUAAUCAGAUUUUUGUGGAAAUUUAGAUGACGAGUAGACAUGAAUGAACUGGUUAUAACUUUAAGGCUUAACAGACCCAAGGCUUCCCAUUGCUUGCAAUUUUUUUUUCAUCAUAUAUUCUGCACAUGUGCAAGAAGAUUAACACUGUUAUUAUGAAUAUAAGAAAUACUAACUCCAGAUAGCCUGGUCAUUUUAGUUUUUGCUACAACUUUUUAGCUUACAUCUUAGUUAGAAACAACCAUGCCGCAAGUCCAUUCCACAGUGGUAGGUUUUAAGUGUCUAAACUUCUACAAUUUCAGUUUAAUAACUUGUACACAAAUUCUAAGUAGAGAUAAACAGCAAUGUUGAGACAAUAGUAUAUUUUCUGUAUUAAUAAUAUUGUCUUAACAGCAUUGUUGAGACAAUAGUAUAUUUUCUGUAUUAACAGUAUUGUCUUAACAGCAUUGUUGAGACAAUAGUAUAUUUUCUGUAUUAACAAUAUUGUCUUAACAUCAUUGUUGAGACAAUAGUAUAUUUUCUGUAUUAACAAUAUUGUCUUAACAGCAUUGUUGAGACAAUAGUAUAUUUUCUGUAUUAACAAUAUUGUCUUAACAGAGUUCUGUUCCACAUUUUUUUGGAAGUCCAAGAAUUGAAGUAGGACACAUUAAGGAGUUAAAAAAUUUGAAUUCCAGUCAAAACUAUUAGAAUGGAUGCUUUGACGUGCAUGUAUUUACUUCAACAAUUGUUAUUUGUGUGUUCAUAUUUGAAUGUGUGAAGCUUCUUUGUGGAGUAGAUGAUAUAAAUCAUGAGUUGUAAGAUAAUUGUUAUAUGUUAAACAGCGAAUAUUAAGGUCGGCACUUUGAUUACGAAAAAGAUGAUGAAGUACGCAUGUACAUUAUUGAAUAAAAUAGUGUGUAUGUGUAUGUAAACUUAAGCUUUAUGACUGAUAAAACAAUUAGAAAAUGGAACAUACAAUCAGUAAUCACUACUUUGCGAAGUUUCUGUUCAGUUAUCAACUGGCUUUUGUUAUACAUAUUGAGCGGCUUAAUUGAUUUGAUGUAAAAUUUGUUUAUGUAACAUGCAUCUGUGGUAAAUCACUAAAACUUCAAAACUUAUGUAAUGUUCUCAAAGUUUAUGUGCAAAGAAAGAACAGGUCAGUGUUGAGUGUCAGUAUAACAAUUGAUAAUUUAUUUUUAUUAUUAUUUUUUAAUAGAAGAAUGGUAAAAUUCAAUUCUGUGAUUAAGUAUCUAGUCAUUUUAGUAAGACUACUGUGUUUGGUACAAGAUAGUAAUGACACUUCCGAUUGUGUGGCCAAGUGUUAAUUCUGUGUAUUUUUUGCUGUGAUUAACUUUAUAGUACUUUUGAUUCUGGCAUCAUGGUGUUUUCGUAUCAUUUUAUAUUGUAUGAAUGAAAACUGGCAAGUUUAUCAAUACUGAGGCUGUCUUGAAGAUGCACAUGUUGUUCAUUUGGUGUGAGCCGUGUAAACAUUUGAAAAAUUGUAUAUUUCAGAAUCAUUGCCUCCGAGUUUUAAAACAAAUAUGCAUUAUAUAUCAAAAUGCAAUGUUGCUUUCAUAUAUAAUUUCUUCAAAUUCAUUGACACGUUAACAAGAUCAUUUGAAACAAUUUUAAUAUCUUUUAUUUUUCUCCGUUAUUUAUGUUUAGAGUCAGCUUAAUCUUCUUUAAGAACGAGGGGGCCAAAUUGGCAAAUAGAAAAGCUAGCAUAUGAUUAAAAAAAAAUCAUUCUGUCUGUCGUGCCCGAUCAUUAGGAUGUAAACAGCAAAUAGUUUGUUCAGAAGAUAAAAGUUAUAGUUACUGACACUGAGGAUUAAAAGAUUUUUUAUUAGUAUACACUAGUUUUCUGCAUACAAUAUUGUUCUUUCUAUACUGUUGUCAGUGGCCACGUAUUAAUUGUAAGAAAAUAAUAUAUACUUCAUAAAUUGUUUGGAGGGGUAUAUGAUUAAUAACUUUGAAACUAAACUUUAUUGUAGAUGAGUCUGUUGGAGAAUACUGGUGAAUUUUGUUUAAAAAUUCUAUCAAACUUCUAAAUUUUUAUCAAGUUAAACUCUUUAAUAACUCUCUUUUUUUGUUUAAUUUUAUGAAAAACUAUUUUUGAUAUACUACAUGGAAAUAGUGACAAAGACUUAUACAAAAAUUCAUAGAGUUUUAUGUAAUUUCCAUAAAGCGUAAUAGUUUGUUUAUCACUUUAUGUUAUCAUAAAAUUUUUCCAACAAUUCUUGUUCCUGAAACGUCACAAAGUGGACACUUAUAGGUUUGGUUACUUUAGUUGUGAACUUGAAUAACCAUGAAUUGCAAUAUUAAUUUAUUAUUAUAAUUAUUGAUAGAAGUAACCACUUAUGUAGUCAAUACUGUUAUAAGUAACAGCUGUGAAUAUUGUACAAAAGUAUUUUUUGCUUGACAGUUACGUAGUGGUUUCUAAUGCUAGAGGAACAUGCUUCAAACUGUCUUGUAGACAAACUUAAGUUAAACUUAACACUAUGAGUCCUAAACACAAGUGGUUUAUUAGAGAAAGUCGCUUUUCAAAAUAUUAUUUGUGGCUAACUAUCUGUCAUACAUACAUACAUGUAACUGAUGGUUGUGUCCCUUGCAAGUUAACAUUUUUCAAAAUAGUUUGUUUUUCAGGGACUAAAAACGACUUUCUGACAUCAUCCUUACUACUGCCCUGAAAUAAGAAUCUUAGUAUUGGAACAAUCGCAUGUGAACCCACAGAGCUUUUCACUAAUCACAAUAUAAAUGCUAAUCUUAACCGUGCUUAGAUAGACGAGGUAAAUAUUUGUCCCAUAUAUAUAUAUAUAUAUAUAAAUAUGUUUUUCUGGAUUUUAAAGGUAAGGAGAUAAAAGGUUAAAUAUUUUGUAUCCAAUCAUCUUAGCAGGAUUUAUAAGGUGUGAACCUCUGUGAAGGUAGUCAUUUCAUUUAUAGAAAUAAAGUACCUGGAUUUACAUUUAAACCUCCUCAUUCUAAUCUUUUUAUCAGAAACCGGGACUUCAUAUGCAUUCACUAAUAGCACCCAGAGUAUCCAUUGGUUGUAAAUACCUUCAAAUGGUUACUCUCUGAGGACUGUAAUAUGUGUAUAGAUUGUUGCAUGAUUAUCAGAGUAAUAAAUGUAAUUACUGCCAGAGAUCUCAAAAAUCAGUAUUUAUAGCUAAUUAAUCAUCCUUGUUGUUAUCUUUUUUUUUUAAGACCGACCUCUUUCAUUUUAGGCUUAAAGCAAAUCUUGUAUGAUUUUUCUCUGGAGGAGCAGAGAUACAUUAUUUGUUUUGUUGAAUGAUGUUAGAAAAACUUGUGUCAAGUGAUACUAACAGGAAUUGUAAGCAGAUUAUCUCCAUAUUUUGUCAAGUGGUACUGACAGGAAUUGUAAGGAGAUUAUUUCUUGUAUCAAGUGGUACUGACAGGAAUUGUAAGGAGAUUAUCUCUUGUGUCAAGUGGUACUAACAGGAAUUGUAAGGAGAUUAUCUCUUGUGUCAAGUGAUACUAACAGGAAUUGUAAGGAGAUUAUCUCCAUAUUUUGUCAAGUGGUACUAACAGGAAUUGUAAGGAGAUUAUCUCCAUAUUUUGUCAAGUGGUACUAACAGGAAUUGUAAGGAGAUUAUCUCUUUUGUCAAGUGGCACUAACAGGAAUUGUAAGGAGAUUAUCUC